AUGGCGAUGCAGCAACCUGCAUGUUACAAUGUAUCUGUUGUUAAUCCUGGUGGAGCAUGGCAAACUGAUAAUGUCCUAAGAUCGGAGCUCCCUAUUCUCGCCUUUCAAAUUGCCUUCUCCAUUGUUUUUUCUCGACUUUUCUUCUUUAUUUAUAAACCUCUCCAUCAACCUCGUCUCAUUUCACAAAUCUCUGUUGGUUUCCUAAUGACUCCACUAUUACUUGGGAGAUAUGCUAGCCUUUACGGUCUCGUAUUUCCUGUAAGAGGGGUCCUAAAUAUCGAAGUUCUAUCACACAUUGGUCUCAUCUAUUAUGCAUUCCUUAGCGGUUUGGAGACAAAUUUAAAUACCAUUUUACACGUCAAAAAAAAGGCUGCAUGCAUUGCUAUUGCGGGAAUAAUCUUUCCCAUGAUGAUGGCGCCGGGCUUAUAUGCUUUACAUCGAAAAUUUUAUCACUCUGAAAAUCCUAUCUUGCGCCUUGAAGAAAGCACAAGCAGUGCUUAUCUACUUUGGACUUUGAUUCUCACUGUUACAGGUUUUCCAGUGUUAGCUCACACACUUUCUGAGCUUAAACUCCUUUACACGGGUCUCGGCAAAGUGGCUUUAACCGCAGCUAUGAUCAGUGACACUUAUGGUUGGUUUCUUUUCACCAUUUUGGUUCCAUUUGCGAUUAAUGGUAAAGUAGCAGUGUACUCAGUGCUAAGUACUAUAAUAUUCAUAGUAGUGUGCAUUGUUGCGGUGCGUCCAAUCAUUGGACGCGUUAUUGAUCGGAAGACGGAUAGGGAUGAGUGGGAUGAUAAUCAGUUAUUGUUUGUGAUGAUGGGGGUUUUAGCUUGUUCUUACAUUACAGAUAUUCUUGGUACACAUGCCAUUGUUGGGGCUUUUGUGUAUGGGUUAAUUUUACCUCAUGGAAGAUUUUCCGACAUGGUAAUGUCGGUUUCCGAUGAUUUUGUUGGCGGUUUUCUAGCACCGUUGUUCUUUAUUGGGACUGGAAUGAGACUUGCGGUGGUCACACUUUUCCUGGGAGGACAUUGGUGCAUGACGCUGCUCAUUGUAAUCCUCUUGUGUGUUCCAAAGAUUUUGAGCACUAUAUUUGCCACUUUCUUCUUUGGCAUGCGUACUCGAGAUGGUGUAGCCCUAGGCUUGCUUCUGAAUACCAAAGGUGCCAUGGCCCUCAUAAUGCUCAACCUUGCUUGGGAUAGAACAAUAUUUUCUCCACCUACAUAUGCGGUGAUUGCUUCCGCUGUUAUUCUAAUGACUGUAAUAGUGUCUCCUGUGAUUAAUGCCAUCUACAAGCCAAGAAAGAUAUUUGAGCAAAACAAGCUAAAGACAAUACAAAAGCUAAGAGUGGAUGCUGAGCUCAGAAUUGUGGCAUGUGUCCACAGUAAUCGCCAGGCCAUGAGCAUGAUCAGCAUAAUUGAAUCUUUCAAUGCCACAAGACUUUCCCCUAUACACGUUUUUGCACUGUACCUUGUUGAACUCACUGGACGUGCUGCAGCUCUUCUUGCUUCACACAUAGAACAGCCUAGUGUCCAACCCGGGUUACAAACUCUCACAAGAUCACAGCAAGAGUUAGAAAACAUUUCCAGUACCUUCGGAGCAUUCGGAGAUGUCUAUGAUGCUGUCAGAAUCGAAAUCAUAAAUGUGGUUUCAUCCUAUGCAACCAUUAAUGAGGACAUUUACAACUUGGCAAAUGACAAACGCUCGAGCUUAAUUCUCGUUCCCUUCCAUAAACACUAUAGUUCACAAGGUACGUUAGAAUUAACCAGUGCCGUGUACAAAGACAUAAACCAAAGUGUAAUGCAGCAUGCACCAUGUUCCGUGGGAAUCUUCGUUGAUUGUGAUCUUGGGUCAGUUCCAAAAGUAAACAUGCGUAUUGUUAUGAUCUUUGUUGGUGGGCCUGAUGAUCGUGAAGCCCUAGCUGUUGCAUGGAGAAUGGCGGGUCAUCCAGGAAUACGAUUAUCAGUGGUUAGGAUUCUUUUGUUUGAUGAAGCUGCUGAAGUUGAUACUUCAAUUCACGAAGAAGCACAAGGGAUAUUAUCUGCUGUAAUGGAUAAUGGGAAGCAACAAGAGUUAGAUGAUGAGUACAUGAAUUUGUUUAGACUUACAGCAGUGAAUAAUGAGGAUUCUAUAACCUAUUCAGAGAUUGAUGUGCAUGUUGGUGAAGAUAUUCCCGCGGUUCUCCAUGAGCUAGAAAAAUUUGGUUGUGAUUUAUACGUAGUUGGACAAGGAAACUGUAGGAACUUUAAGGUCUUCUCAAAUUUAUUGGAUUGGUGUGAUUGCUCGGAACUUGGAGUUAUAGGAGAUAUUUUGGCGUCAAACAAUUUUGGGUCACGAGCAUCUGUGCUAGUCGUGCAACAAUAUGGGCAUGGAGGAAUGCAUUUGGGAAGGCUAGGAGGCACCAAUAACGAUGGCUUUGACUCGCUUGUUGUGAAGACGCAAUAA